AUGAAUACGCAUUCGCACAACCUUAAAUCACGGUCACAACAAGAUUUAUUCGAAUUAUCAACGAAAUCAUUGAGAAUAUCUUUGUCCAUUUCUUCAACUACAAAAUCUGCUAGGCAGCAACCUACGUUAAAAAAGAACGCUGAACCUCGGGGGACAUUGGUUGCUGAGAUUGAACAAGCGCCGAUUCUUGAUAUUGAAAUACGAACAAUUAUGAACUCUGAAGAAUUGUCAAAAACUGUUAAGCAAGAUUUGCUUUUUCAUAGUCCAGAUAAGUUAAAUAGAGUAAAUUUGGAGCAACAGUCAAGGUCUUCGUUAUUGGUUAUGAAUGAUAAGGAACAUCAACGACAUGAUGAAUGUCAACUUGAAAAGGAAGCAGUGGUAACUGAUAGUAUACUGAAUGAUGGUUUACAGGAAAAUGGUGACCAAAAAUUGAGCAAUGGAAUUGAUAACUCAAAUGAACAAAUUGAUUCGCCGAUAACAACAGUAUUGGAUAAUGAUAAAACUGAAUUAACAGAUAUACCACAUGGGACACACGAAACGUUAACAUCAAUAUAUUUACGAGAUCAUUUAGGAUUAAGCGAGAUAUCUAUGUUUGAUGAAAAUUCGAAGCUACAUGUUAAAGAUUGGUUAUCGGCACAGCGUUUGGGAGGAUUAUUUAAAGAAUGGUAUUAUGACAAUAUAGAUGUGAUCGACAGUUGGACUACAUUUAAAGAACUAUUAAUUCAGCAAUGUGUAUUACGUACUGCAGGCGUGACCGUGGUAACAACACAACAAUCAUUAAAUAGUGAAACUAAAAAAUAUUCAUCAUUUGAAUUUGACCAUGCAUUGGAACAACAACGAACUGUGACUGGUAACAAUCAAUCACAUGUGACUCCAUCAGAUGAAAUAACUUCACCCUUAGUUAGUGGCCAAUAUUUGACACGACAGCAUAUUUCGUCGUCUCAUCCAACCAUCAAAAGCAAAGCUAUGCAACAAUAUUCAGAUCCAAUGCUAACAAAGAAUUUAACGCCUCAACAGCAACAAUCAUCGGACAAUCCUGUAAUGGAAACAAAAAUAAAUAAUAAUAAAACAACAUCGUUAGAUAUUAAUAAAAUUGCUCAGAAUGUGUGUAAAUUUUCUGAUGUACAAGGGUUUGUGGAUGCUUGGAAAUGGUUGAGUGAGGUGAAUAACAUAUUCGAUGGGUUACAGUUUAAUUCAAUACAAAAGCAACAAAUGGUGGAUAAAAUAUUAAGUGGUAGUGUUCUCAGAUGGUAUCGUAAUAAUAGCGAAAGGAUGAAAGAUUGGAAUAUGUUCACGAACGAAUUUGUACACAGAUAUGUUUUGCAACAGCCACGAGAUCAACGAGAUAAACUGAUGGAAAAAGAAUUGCUGAAUAGCCAAUCAGAUAUAAAGUUACCUGCUCAAAAAAAGCAGCAGCAAUCAUCGGACGAUCUUGGAGCCUUUGGUAUUAGGCCCACAUUUGUUUCUAUGAACCAUAGUCAUCCAACGAAUGUAGGUGCGGGACAACAUGCAGUAACAAUACCACCGAGUCAACAAGUGAUGAUUAAUGCUUCGAAUCCAUUGCACGAUAUGAAAGAUUUUGUUAAACCGUUUUAUGGGAGUUCGAAAGAAAAUGCAAAGACAUGGCUAGAUGAUGUUAUUCACUACUUUGAUGUUAGUCAAUUAUCAGGUGACAAAGAUCAGCAAUGUCGCCAAUAUGCUCCCAUUUUUGUUAAAAGGACAA